AUGUUCAACAAUUACAUCCUUUGGCUCCUGGCCUCAUCUGCACAGGCCGUCCUCGUGGCGCCGCCUACCGGGCCCUAUGCCGUCUCCAUGUCUGUCCAGGGCCUCACCGACCACUCCCGGAUGGACCCAUACGCGCCCAGCAACAACUCACACGCCCGCCAAGUCAUGAUCUCGACCUUCCUUCCCGUCGACGAGGCCAAGACCCCGUGUUAUGGCCGGGAAAGGGUGCCAUACAUGACGCAGCUGGUCGCCCAGGCUUACGAUCAGCUUGGGACUGCUGUGGAUCUUCCCAACGGCACGUUUUCCUCCUUUGAGAUGGAGUUUUGCAAGACAAAGAGUCGGGCUUGUCGACGAACCCGCUCCAAGUUCCCUCUGGUGCUGUUCUCGCCUGGCUGGGGCAAUCCGCGGUUGCUGUACGGCGCCAUGGCACGGGAAGUUGCAAGUCGCGGCUUCGCGGUUGUUACCAUCGAUCAUCCUUACGACCCGUCAUAUGUCGAGUUCCCCGACGGCACCGUCUACACGGCAGUCAACCUGGACACCGAUAAUACAACACAGCUGGAAUUUCUCACCAAGGUCCGGGCUCAAGACACAUCCUUCGUUCUCUCCCAUCUGUCCAAGAAUCACGAGGCAGGCAUCGACCUCGACCGCACCAUCAUGUUCGGUCACUCCCUCGGCGGUGCCACCGCAGCCGCAGCGAUGUUGAAGAACCCUCGCAUUCUGGGAGGUGUUGACCUCGACGGCAAGUUACUGAGCCCCGCCCUCGAAGAAGGACUCGAUCGGCCAUUCGCGCUUGUGGGAAGACCGGGGCACGCCGCCGAAGACCCCACCUGGGACCAGUUCUACAGCGCUCUACGCGGCAAGAAGGCCGACUUGAGCGUCUCCGGGACCGUUCACGCAAGCUUCACCGACUUCCCGACUCUCAUUGCUUCUCUGAACAUCACUCUGCCGGAGACAGCCAAGGCGCUGUUGCAGGCCGAGUUGGGAACUUUAGAGUUUGGGAGAGCGGCGGAGGUGGUUGCUGGGAUUGUUGAGGCUUUCGCCGACUUGACGUACAAUAACCACACCGGGUCGAUGUUCACCGAAGGCGGCGAUGCGUCUUACAGGGAGGUCACUGUCUUAAGAGCUAGUAUGUAA